AUGAGUUUGCAGAUCUUAAAGGAUCAAAACGUCACUGGGGACAAGACUGCGGAGAACUGCGACUUCCUGUUUUCACCACCGGAACUAACCAGAAGAUCGUCAGUCUUACGUGUGUCACAGAAAGAAAAUGUGCCACCCAAAAGCACAGGCAAAGUGAUGAAGGUGACCUUUCAGACUCCCCUGCGGGACCCUCAGACCCACAGGAUCUUGAGUCCUAGCUUGGCUGGUCGUCUCGAGACACCCUUUACUCUGGAUACAGCAGUUGGGCUGGAAAACGCCCUCCCCGCCUGGACGGAGAAAGACACGGACAUGAAUGCCAAGCCUGCAGAUGGAACUCUCCAGAACCCAGCCGACGCAGCCCCUCCUCCGUCAGGUGCUGGGAGUGCUGCGGGGAGCAGUGACGCCAGCCCUGGUAUAGGGUGUCCCAGUCCUGUGGACUCUUCAGGCUCUGUCCCAGCUCCGGAGAGUUGUGGGAGCCCCCAGCUGCCCCUGGGACAGAGGCCUUCCCCCCCUGAGGACGCCUCAGUGCAGAGCAGAGGCCCUACCGUCUCAGAGGAGAGAAUUCCCCUGGAUUCCAAAAACCUGGAGGACUUCGCUGGGACGGCGGGCUCGGACAAGACCCAUGAUAUCCAGUUUGCUGCGGAAGGCUCCCUGGAUGGACCCUCAGAGGGGGGCGUCUCUGCUGCCAUGGCCCUAGAUGCCAGCCCAGAGGGACCAUGUGACACACCCUUGGAGGACAUGUCUAGUGCGGCCAAGGCCUGCUCCGAGGACACACGUGCCCCCCGGGAGGAGCAGAAACCCCUGUCCACAGAGGCUGCUGGGACUCCCCCGGCUCCAGAUGAGGCCCCAGUCCUGACUCCUGCACUUGCCUCAAGCCCUUCAGGGGCUGGAGGCGAUCCUGCUUUGUGCACCCCGAAAGCAGAGGGCCCCGCACCAGUGGGGGACUCUGCCAGGAGCGGGCCUGUGAAGCUCGAGUUUGACUUCUCUGACAGCAUCACCAGCAAGCGGGCACCUCCCCCGAAGAAACUGGGAAAGAAGCUCGGUGUGAAGCCCCCCUCCAAGAACCGGGAGGCGCGGGUCCUCCCAGAGACAGGCCAGGAGUCCAUCGGGGCCGAUGAGCACCCCAUCCCCACCCCCCGGGGCUCAUACACCCUCGACUGGGACAAGCUCGAUGACCCAAACUUCGAUCCGUUUGGAGGUAGCUCCAAGUGUGCAGCUGGCACUGCCCAGCCGUGUCCUGCCCAGCCGUGUCCUGCCCAGCCGUGUCCUGCAGCAGAGCCCGGGAUCCCCGCACCUGCGCCUUCAGCUCCCAGCCAGCAGGUGGACUCAACCUCAUCCCAUGUCAGCCCUGAGAACCAUGUCAGCCCUGAGAACCAUGUCAGCCCUGAGAACCAUGUCAGCCCUGAGGUCCAGGUCCCUGUGGCAGCUCCAAAAGCCGCAGUGGAGGAGGAAACAAGCUCUUCAGAAAUGUCAGUGUUCACAAGUAGUAAAGACAGUGAACCAAAGGCCAUGCCUGUGGAGUCCGCGCCUGGCCAGCCAGCGCCCGGCCAGCCGUCACCCGCCCUGGACCUCACCAAGGAGCGCUUCAGUGACCCAGCAGAGGUCCUAGGCACCGGUGCCGAAGUGGAUUACCUGGAGCAGUUUGGAACCUCCUCGUUUAAGGAGUCUGCCCUGAGGAAGCAGUCGUUGUACCUCAAAUUCGACCCGCUGCUGAGAGACAGUCCCAGCAGAUUGGUUCCAGUGGUCACAGAGAACGGCAGCAUUCAGGCGGAGAGCACCGCAGCCCCGGGAGGCCCGCCCCCACCAGAAGCCAGGCUGGUGGAGUUCGACUUCCUAGGCGCUCUGGAUGUCCCCGCGCCAAGCCCUGGCCUGGGGGGCCUGGGGCCUGGGGGCCCGCCUUUGCCUGUGGGUCACAUCGUGGACGUGCUGCAGUACAGUCAGAAGGACCUGGAUGCCGCGGUGAGAAGCCUGCAGGAGGAGAACCUGGAGCUGAAGAACAGGUGUGAGGAGCUCCAUGCCAAGAACCAGGAGAUGGGAAAGAUCAUGGACGAGUUUGAGGGGAUCGCACGCCAAGUGACAGAGGAGGCCAAGACCGAGAAAGUGCUUGCUGAAGCUAGGCUCCAGAAGGUUCUGAAAGAACGUGACCAGCUCACCACAGACUUGGACUCCAUGGAAAAGUCGUUUUCUGAGCUCUUCAAGCGGCUCGAGAAGCAGAAGGAGGUGAUUGAAGGCUACCACAAGAAUGAAGAGUCUCUAAAGAAGUGCGUAGAGGAUUACAUCUUGCGCAUCGAGAAGGAGAGCCAGCGCUACCAGGCGCUGAAGGCCCACGCGGAAGAGAAGCUCAGUCUAGCCAACGAAGAGAUCGCCCAGGUGCGCAGCAAGGCCCAGGCCGAGGUGAUGGCCUUCCAGGCAAGCCUGCGGAAGGAGCAGAUGCGGGUCCAGUCCCUGGAGAAGACCAUAGAACAGAAGACUAAAGAGAACGAGGAACUGACCAGGAUCUGCGAUGACCUGAUCUCAAAGAUGGAGAGGAUCUGA